AUGGCCAAGAAAACCCUCUCUUCUUCUCAAGCUUCAUCUCAAAACUCACAUGCACACAAAACCCUUCCAGAUCCAACACAAUCACCACCCAUUCCUUCAAAACCCUCAUCACUCUCUUCUCAAUCUCACACACAUCAAAUCCAACCACUUUCCACUUCAAACUCUCCCCGCCCUAACCGUUCAAAGAAGCCCACACCCGUCGCCGCCGCCGCUGCCGCUGCCGCCGCCGCCGAAUCCUCCAAAAGGUCCCAGAGAGUCUGCUUCACUCCCGACGAUGUGUUGCUCAUUCUUAAAUCCCUUUCAGAUUUCAAAUCCAAAACUGGAAAAGACCCGGUCAAACACAUCACUGAUUUUCAUGAUUCAUUGAAGAGUGCUCUCAAGAUCAAAACUACUGAAAGGAAACUCAGAGAGAAGAUUCGGGUGUUGAGGAUCAAAUUCCAGAAGCAAUGUGAAACCGAAGAAAAAUACAUUUCUUUUUCAAAUACUUUUGAAGAGCAAGUUUUUGAGCUUUCUAAGGAAUUUUGGGGUCAAGAUAAUCAAAUUGAAGAACAAGAAAAAUCACCUGAGAAGGACAAUGCUGCUAAGAAACUGCUGCUGCUGGAAGAACCACCCAAGAAGGAAAAUGCUGCUAUAAAACCAUCAACAUUGAAGAAUUCGGUCCAGGAAGAACCACCCAAGAAGGCUAAUAAACCAUUAGCAUCGAAGAAGAAACCGAUCCAGGAAGAGCUAUCAUCUGUUGUUGACAGUGAUAAAACGGGUCGUGUUAGUUUGAGUGAAAUGUUUCGUUUUGGGGAAAUGUGUAUGGAUGUGAAUGUGCUCAAGAGGGGGAUGGAGUUGAUUGGGGAAUCUCAGAGGGAAGAAUUGGAAACAAGGUGGAAGAAGUUGAAAGUUCAAGAGGCGGAAGUGUUUCUGAAGCGUGCGGAGUUGGCUGUAGAUCAAGGUCGGUUGAUUUUGAAGGAAUUAAAAAGAUCGUCUUAG